UACCACGUUGCUACGUGUACGUUCAAGGGGGAGGGGCACGUAAACAGAAUUCUAAACAAAGGAGAGCGAAGCAAUUUGUAUUUCAACAUCUUUAUAGAGAGUCGAAAGUUUGUAGUCAUGCCUAUACGUCGUGCAUCUAGGACACCACCCCAGGAAAUGGCCCCCUCGGCCGCAUUAGAGGGAGAGCCUGAUGCCAGUUCUGAGGAGUCUGCCUCUGUUGAGGAGGAGCAGGAGAUAGAACCUGCUGCCCUAGUAGCCAAGGAGGGAGAGGGCACCGGUGAAGGAGAGCCAAAAGAGAAUGGUGAGAGAGAUGAUAAAUCCAUUGGAGAGAAGACUGCUGAGGGGGAAACGUCUGAGAAGAAAGAAGAGAAGGAUGGAGUGAAAGACAAAGUCAAGAAGCCAGUGAAAAAGGCUAUUCCCGCUUGGGCCACCAUGUCUGCCAGCAAACGUGCAACGCUCACAAAUAAGAGCACCUCCACCAUGCAGCCGCCUAAGAUGGACGACAUCCUCAUCGAGGCUAUUGAGUCCUGCAAGGAGAAGACUGGGGCCUCAGCCCAUUCUGUCAUGAAGUACAUUGUGAAGAAAUACCCUAACCUGGAGAAGAGGAAAUUCCUCCUCAAGAAGGCUCUCAAGAGGCAGCUGGAGAAGGGCACCAUCAAACAGCUGAAGGGUAAAGGCCUUUCUGGAAGCUUUACCAUUGGGAAGCAGCCCCCUAAUAAACCAACAUCUAAAGGGAAGCCGAUCGCCGUGGCACCUGGGUUGAAGGCAGAGACCCUUGGGGAUGCUCUGCCCUUGAUCAUCACACGACUAUGUGAGCCCAAAGAGGCGUCUUAUAUCCUGAUCAAGAAAUAUGUGGAGCAGCACUUCCCUCAACUCAACGUGGAGCAUAGGCCAGAUAUCCUAAAGAGUGGCCUGGUGAGAGCUGUGGACAAGGGUCACCUGGAGCAGAUCACUGGAAAAGGUGCCUCUGGAACAUUUCAGCUGAAGCGGGAAGGGGGCAAGUUCCUGCUUAAAGGCGGGCCCCUGGAGGACGCUAUCAUGACAGCCAUUGUGGCCAUGAACGAACCCAAGACUUGCAGUACCACCACACUCCGCAAAUUCCUGUUAGAGACUAACCAGGACAGCAUGGAGUACCGCGUGGUGAACAACCUGAAGAGAACCUUGCAGAAGUGCAAAAUUAUGGGCUGGGUGGAUCAGAUCACUGGAAAUGGGCUAAACGGAACUUACCAGCUCUGCUACCCUUACUACCCCAGCCCAGCCAUUCUGUUCCCUGAAAAACAGAAAGCGAAAGACCAGAAAGUGUCAGAGAAGGACAAACGCAGAAAGAGAGUUGACUUGUCUGAUGAGGACUCUGAUGAAGAGGACUCGUCCGAGGAAGAGGACUCAGAUGAUGAACCCCCUCCUAAGAGGAAAGCUGUGAAGAGGCCACCACCUAAAGCGCGUCGCCCUCCCCCCAGCAAGAAGUCACGGCCGGCAAGUCAGUUAAGGGCUAAGGGCAAAAAAAGAGCUGCCCCAGCUAAGAGAUCUGCGCCCCCAGCUAAGAAACCAGCACCGCCAGCCAAGAAGUCAGCUCCGUCAGCAAAGAAACCUGCAGCAGCCAGUAAAGCUGCAGCUUCAAAGAAGGCACCCACACCAGUCAAGAAAGCUGCACCUGCGAGCAAGCCCAAAACGCCCAUCGUCAAAAAGCUGACGAGCAGGGCAUCGAAGCGGCCAGCGCCCAAAAAGUCACCUCCUGCAAAGAAGGCAGCAGCCAAUUCUGCAGUGAAGGCCAAGCCUGCAGCCCGCAAGUCCCUGAGGGGGAGGAAGUGAGUUUACUAUUGCCCAGCAGCGGAAGUUUAACUGUAGCUCUGAAGACAGCGGUGCUCUGCCUCUAUCCAUGCUCUCUUUCGCAGCAUUGUUUUCCUCCAGUUUGGGGCUGUAGAAUUCUUCUCUGUAGGAUUGGGAUGUGGCAGUUAUUAGUUCAUGUCAAUUUACUGUACUUGGGAACUGUUCAAUUUCUGUGAACCCAACUUAAUCGCCAUUGUGUAGAAUGGCCUCUUAAAAGAUGUAAAACUGCCUAGGUAAAGAAUUGUGAAAUUUCCAUCACUACUUUUAUUUCCCUCACGCACUUCAUUUUGAUAAUGUAUUUUUGCAUUUCCUCCCAGUCCACUCUGCCAUGUUUUACCUGGACACAUUCCUUUUAUCAAAUCAUUUGUUAAGCGUUUUGGAAACUUUCUCCCUCUACAACAUUUUUGAUUUUUCAACAUUUAAUCUGGAGUAAUCUUAAAGGAUAUAGAGAUUUAUGCUAUUAAGUGAAUUUGAGAGCAUAAUGACAGCCAACUUUCAUGUAAUGAAUUCUUGUUUAUUACGAAAUCUGUUAUUUAAAUGAAUGUUUGAGUGAAACAAAUCAGUUGAUGGGCAAAAUACUUAAUUUGAUUGGAGACUAACUGAUCAGGAAGCACUGUUUGUCAUCAUGAUCUUCAGUACUACUGCAUAGUAUUAGGGGAUUUAUUUUAGUGUGUAAACAAACAAGCUAAUCAAAGUGAAUUCAAAGUGAACAUAUACAAAAUCUUCUACAUUCUGUGUAAUAGUGAAAGAUUGUGAAUAACACACUUUGUUUUGAAGGAGCCUAGCUCAUACAUACCCUGCAUGCGUGUACUCUUUAUGUUAUGCUUUUUCCCAAGUCAUCAUUAAAAUGGCUAUAUUUGUACUUCCUU